GUUGAGAAUAUUGAUGCUUUUGAUUUUCAGUGUUUUGAUUUGCAGUGAAGCUUACUAUUUUGGUAAUCUUCUUAAGUGCAAUGAUAUUCUAAUAAAAUGUAAGGAAACUGAAGUUGAAAUCGGAAAUAACAAUAAAAUUGUAAAUGGGCUAAAUCAAAUAUGCAGUCAAUAUAUUGGUUCCAAGUGGACUAAUAUUACACACUGUGAAUUGGAAGCUGUAAAGUGUUUGUUAACCCAGAUGAAUGGCUUGGAAGUAAACUGUGAAAAUAUUUCCGACGUUAUGCACUUGUGA